UACAUUUCUCGGGAAGCAUUUCAUCCGAACAAGUUGCUCUUACGCUGAUGCAAGUUGAAUGAGUGAGCUACCAGCAGUGUAACGCAAUUAUACGAUGACAGACUGUCAAGGAGAUGCGGCCAGGAGUCCAAUGGAUCUCUAUGACCAACUGACAGCACAGGGUGAAAAAGUCAGGAGCUUAAAAUCGGCUAAAGCUGAGAAGGCUGAAAUUGAUGCAGCGGUCCAGUUCCUACUCAAAUUGAAAGUGGACUACAAACAGGUGACGGGUCAGGACUACAAAGCGGGAUGUCCACCAUCGGAAAAUUCACUUAGCUCAGAAAAUGGCUUGACGGCAGAUGGCAAUGCUGCUGCUGAUGGUGAUGAUGAAGUUAACCCUUGGAGCGUCUCCACGAACAAUGCGAAAGGCGUUGAUUAUGACAAACUCAUUGUGCGCUUUGGUAGUAGUAAAAUCGACCAAGAGCUGGUGGGCAGAAUAGAGAAAGUGACCGGACAGAAACCUCACCGCUUUCUUCGUCGAGGAAUCUUUUUUUCACACAGAGACAUGCAUCAAGUUCUGGACACGUAUGAGAAGCACAAGUCGUUUUUCCUGUACACCGGCAGAGGGCCUUCGUCUCAGGCCAUGCAUGUUGGCCACCUCAUCCCUUUUAUCUUCACCAAAUGGCUGCAGGAUGUGUUCGACAUCCCUCUAGUGGUCCAAAUGACGGACGAUGAGAAGUACCUGUGGAAGGACCUGACGCUGGAGCAGUGCCACCAGUACGCCAUGGAGAACGCCAAGGACAUUAUUGCGUGCGGUUUCGACGUCAACAAGACCUUCAUUUUCUCUGACCUCGACUACAUGGGCGCGUCAUCGCAGUUCUACAGGAAUGUGGUGAAGAUCCAAAAACAUGUGACGUUCAACCAAGUCAAAGGCAUCUUUGGCUUUACAGACAGCGAUUGCAUCGGAAAAAUCAGUUUCCCAGCCGUCCAGGCAGCCCCUUCCUUCAGUAACUCUUUCCCGCACAUCUUCGGGGACAAAAAGGAUAUUCAAUGUCUCAUCCCUUGCGCCAUAGACCAGGAUCCCUACUUCCGAAUGACCCGCGACGUGGCACCAAGGAUCGGCUACCCCAAGCCAGCCCUGUUGCACUCCACUUUCUUCCCUGCCCUGCAGGGGGCGCAGACCAAGAUGAGCGCCAGCGAUGCCAAUUCGUCCAUCUUUCUCACCGACACUGCCAAACAAAUCAAGAACAAGAUCAACAAGUAUGCAUUUUCGGGGGGGAAAGACACGAUAGAAGAGCACCGAAAGUACGGCGGCAAUGUCGACGUGGACGUCUCCUUCAUGUACUUGACUUUCUUUUUGGAAGAUGAUGAAAAGCUGGAAAAGAUCCGACAGGACUACACGAGCGGCGCUCUCUUAACCGGAGAACUGAAGAAGAUUUUGAUCGAAACCCUGCAGCCAAUCAUCACCGAGCAUCAGGAGCGACGCAAGCAAAUCACGGACGAGACAGUCAUGCGGUUCAUGACACCCCGGCCUUUAAAUUUUAACAUCUAGCUCGCUUGAUCGAAGAAUAAAAAAAAAUGCAUCUUGAUAAAAACUCAUGUCGUUAAAUAGGGGAAGGGAAACCAGGGUGUGUUUUUUUUUCUGGAGAAGACAUGCCUGCACUGCAUCUCUUUAAUUUGAAUCUGAAAAAAGUUCAUAAAAAAUAUAAUACACUAUUCACAUAAUGUUAAGGAUUUUGUGCUUUGAGGUUCUAUCGAAUCUAUAAGAUAUAGAAAGGUCAACGUCUUUUUUUCUGGGGCACGUAAUCGCCUACGCAAUAGGAUUCAAUUCCACAGUGUGUGUAUGCCGAAGUUUGGUUUACUUUAAUGGUUGCAUAAUGACAAAGUGAAGAAGAAAACUGCCACAUCCACAAUUGGUUGAUGUGAAGCAACAUAAUUGUGGUGAUAGAAAUAUUUAUUAAUUUCCUACCACUGCAAAGAAGCUGUAAAUUAAUAUAAUAAAGAUGGCAGAAAGUUCUUAUUUGA